GCAGCAGGAGCAGUCACUCUGCAUUAAGGUGCUGACAGUGGGAGAACUUCACUGAUAGACUCUCCUCCUUCAAGGAAGCAGCACAGCUAUCACAUGGCGCAAUAUUUAAAGGAUUUAUACUUGAGCCAAGAAGAGCUCAAGAAAUUGAGUUUGGUUUAUAAAACAAAUGGAGUGAAAGAGGUUCAAUCCCUGUUACAAAAUAAAUUAGACGAGCUGGACAGUGCAGAACUGAACAUUGCCAUAACAGGAGACUCUGGGGCAGGGAAAUCCACCUUUGUUAAUUCUGUCAGAGGGCUUCGGGAUGUUGAUGAGGGAGCCGCCAUUACUGGCGUUGUAGAAACUACAAUGAAGCCGACAAAAUAUAAGCAUCCUACCCUACCAAACGUUUAUUUCUGGGACCUGCCAGGAAUUGGAACUACAAAAUUCCCUGCUGAUAAAUAUCUAAAGGAAAUGCAAUUUGAAAGGUAUGAUUUCUUCAUCAUUAUCUCAGCCUGUCGAUUCACAGAAAAUGACACAAAACUCGCCAAAGAGAUUUAUCGGCUGAGGAAGAAAUUCUUCUUUGUUCGAUCCAAAAUUGAUAAUGAUCUUAAUUCAAUGGAAAAGGGAGGGAAGGAAUUUAAUGAAGAGGAAGAACUGGAGAAGAUCAGGAAUGACUGUGUUAGCAAGUUGGAAAAAGAAGGGAUUGAAUCACCAAGUGUUUUCCUGAUAUCAAACUUUGAUCUGAAUCUAUAUGAUUACGAUCGAUUAAAUCAAGUUCUUCAAGAAAGUUUUCCAGAGAUAAAGCAAAGUGUCUUCAUGCUGUCCCUUCCAAAUAUAAAUUUGGAUAUUAUAAAGAAAAAAAAUGAAGAGCUAAAGAAGCGAGUCUGGAUGUUGGCAAUAAUUUCCGGAGCAGUUCCUGGACUCUCCUUUGCAUGUGACAUUGCCAUAUUGAUUGGGGCACUAGUACAUUUCCAAAUGUAUCUGGGUCUGGAUGAUGCCUCGCUUCAAAGACUGGCCAAUAGGGUACGGAAACCUGUGAAAAAUCUGAAGGCAGUGGUGAAAACCCCCCUGGUGGGGGGUGAAAUAACUGUUGAUAAAGUGAGCAGAAUAUCCUUCCGUCUUGCUGUUGUCAGUUUCUCAAUACUUGAGACUAUCUUUUACCUUGUACCUGUCCUUGGAUCCAUUUUUGGAGCAGGGUCAUCAUUUCUUAUGACCUACAAGCUGCUAAGUGCUGGACUGGAAGAUCUUACAGAGAGUGCACAACAAGUGGUGAAGACUGCCUUUGGGAUUGAAUCAAUCCGAGAUUCAUUCUUCAGUCCAGGAGAAUUAAAAAAACUGCAAUCAGCUUACAAAACAGGUGCACUUAAAGCGGUUAAACCAAUGAUAUGGAAGAAGUUAGAUGAUAUGGACAAUACAGUGUUGAACAUCGCAGUAAUGGGAAAAACAGAAUCUGAGAAAUCCAAUUUCAUCAAUGCAGUGAGAGGACUUCAGGAGAAUGAUGAAGAAGCAGUUAUUGUUGGCUACACAGAAAUCACAAUGGAGCCAAUCAGAUAUAAACAUCCCAACAUACCAAAUAUUUAUUUCUGGGAUCUUCCUGGAAUUAGAAUGCCAAAAUUCCAGGCUAAAAAAUACCUGAAGGAAAUUAAUUUUAAAAGAUUUGAUUUCUUCAUCAUUAUCUCAGCCAAUCAAUUCUCAGAAAAUGAUGCAAAACUUGCCAAAGAGAUUGGACGUCAGAAGAAGAAUUUCUACUUCAUUCGGGCUGAAGUUGAUAAUGAUCUCAAUUCAUUGAGAAAGGGAGGGAAAGAGAUUGAUGAAAAGGAAGAACUGGAGAAGAUUAAAAAUAACUGUGUUAGUGAAUUGUUGAAGGCGGGUAUUUCAGUACACAAUGCGUACCUGAUGUCAUAUUUUAAUUUGAAUCUUUACGAUUUUAAUCUUUUCAAUGAAACUAUUGAGGAUGAUCUUCCAAAUAUACAGAAAAGUCUAUAUAGACUGUCCGUUCCAAACUUAAACUCAGAGACUGUUGAGAAAAAAAGGAGAGAGCUUGAGAAAAGAAUCUGGAUGUUGGCAGCACUUUCUGGGGAAAAGGGAGCAGUGCCAGGUUCUGGAAGUGCCAUUAGCUGUAACAUUGAGGUACUGAUUGGAGGAAUACAUCAUUUCCGUAAAUCUCUGGAUCUGGAGAAUGCCUCUCUUCAAAGACUGGCCAAGAUGGCAGCUAAACCUGUGGAAGAUCUGAGAGUAAUGGUAACAACACCCCUGGCAGGGGAAAUAACUCCCAAUUUAAUUACAGAGUUACAACAAGGUCACACUGCUAUCACCAUAUCAGAACUUAAAUACAGCCUUGACUUUAUACCAGUCAUAAGUUCCCUCUUUGAAGAAGGAUCGUCAUUUCUUAUGAUCUACAAGAUGCUGAAUGCUGCACUAGAUAAUCUUACAGAGAACGCAGAGAGCGUGGUGAAGGCUGCAUUCGGGACUGAGACAAUCCGAGAUGAGAUCACUCAAUUUUCAAACUCAACUUGCUCCAGUCCAACAGAAACACUGAAUAAUGUGUGUGAAACAGCUGGGCUAACACCAAAGAAGGUAAAUGAUCUGGACAGUUCAGAAUGUAAUGUUGCAGUGACUGGAGAAACCGGCACAGGGAAAUCCACCUUCAUCAAUACGAUCAGGGGACUUCGGGACGAUGAUAAAGGAGCAGCUAAAGUCGGUAACACAGAAACCACAAUGGAGCUAACGGGAUAUAAACAUCCCAACCUGCCAAAUGUUUAUUUCUGGGACUUAUCUGGAGUUGGAACAAUGAAAUUAUCAGCUAAUGAAUACGCGAGAGUAAUGAAAUUUCAAAAAUAUGACUGCUUCAUCAUUAUCUCAGACCGUCAAUUCACAGAAAGUGAAGUGAAAUUCGCUGAAGAGAUUAAACGACUGGGUAAACAAAUCUAUUUUAUCCGAUCAAAACUUGAUAAUCAUCUUGUUUCAAUUAAAAAGCAACGGAUACAAUUCAAUGACAAAGACGAACUAGAGAAGAUCAGGAAUGUCUGUGUCAGCAAGUUGCAAGAGGCAGGGAUCCCAUCACCCAGAGUAUUCCUGAUAUCAAAUCUCUGUCCUGAUCUGUAUGAUUUUAACCUGUUAAAUAAAGCUCUUGAAGAAAAUCUUCUAAAUGUGAAGAAAGAUGCCUCUUCUAACAGGGCACUUCUUCUAAUCCAAAAUCUUGAGCUUGUGGAGGAAGAAAGGGAAGUGCUGAAGAAACAAAUCUGGAAUCUGGCAACUCUUUCUGGGGCAGUGGGGACAGUGCCAAUUCCUGGAGUCUCCCUUGGUUGUGACAUCGGGAUACUGAUUGGAGCAAUAAUACAUUUACGUAAGUGUAUGGGUCUGGAUGAUGUCUCUCUUCAAAGAUUGGCCAACAUGACAGGAAAAUCUGUGGAAGAUCUUAAAGCAGUGGUGACAACUCCCCUGAUGAGGGAAAUAACUCCUGAUGUCAUAUAUAGAAUGCGUUGGGGUCUCACUGCUGCCUCCACCUCAGCAGUUGAGCUUGCUGUAUGUAAUAUUCCAAUCAUUGGUUCUCUCUUUGGAGCUGGAUCAUCAUUUAUUAUGACAUACGUGUUGCUUAAAGACACACUAGACGAUUUUGCAGAGAAUGCACAGAGAGUGAUAAACACUGCAUUUGGGACUGAAUCAACCCAGUGAGUCUGUGCCGUAGCUGAUCAGUUAAAGAUGUCUUGUUAUGAGCACGAUUGAAACUGACACAUUAUGUUAAUAUUUGAUUGGGCACCAUUAACAAUUUCACUUGCUUAAUGUUGACAAAGUUUCUAAUCUCAGAUGUUUACUAACAGAAUAAAAUGACAAAAAUUUUCGACAAAUAUAAUAGACUUCAUUAUACAGAGUUAAAGAAACAAAACAAUCUAUUAUACACAUAAAUUAUUUUUAAAAAACUGUUGGACCAUCUAACAUCGAUCUGUAAAUGACAUUGGCAAGUUCAGUCCUGCCAUCCCUCCAAAUCCUUCUCUUAACAUCUGGGGCUUAUGCCCAGUUGGAGAUCUGUCUCACAGAGCAGUCAAUAACUAACAAAGUCAUAUGAAUAAAAUCAUAUCUUAUAGACAAUGUUCCAGAUAUCAUCUGAAAUGACCUGAUGAUGUCCAAAUCACUGAUUGUAUAAAUCCAUUACAAGGUCAGUAGGUAUACUGACACAGUGGUAAACAGACAAGAAUGAUUUGCCCUUGUAGUCCUCAUCAUUGACUCCAUGAAGUCUCAUGAUAUCAGGUCAAACACAGGCAAAGAAACCCCUGCUAGAUACCACCCUCCCUCAGCUAAUGAACCAUCCUGCCUGUUUUAAGCAUCACUUGUCAUCACAGUGAGGAUGAGAAGGACACAUAAUGUACCUGAGGAAUUUCAGUAACCACCACAAAGAAUGGCUGAGCAGCAGCAUGACUGUUCCAGCCCAAAAGGAUAUUGUCCAACAAAAGGGAAAACAUACUUGACCUCAUCCUCACCAAUCUACCUGCUGCAGAUACAUCUGUACACAGCAGUAUCAAUAAGAGUGACCACUCCACAGUCCUUGUAGAGACAAGGUCCUGUCUUCACAUUAAUAAAUCAUGUUGUGUGAUACAAUCACCAGGUUCAAUGGGACAGAUUUUGAACACGUUUUGUAACUGAAGACUGAGCAUCCAUGAGACUCUGUGGGAGCACAGUUACAGCCAAACACAAUCUGCAACCUCAUGGGCUGGAAUAUUUCCUCUCAACCCUUACUAUCAAAUUAGGAGAUCAACCUUUGAACAAUGAAGUGUGCAGGAGGCCAUGCCAGGAGCAGCACCAGGCAUAACUAAAAUUGAGAUAUCAAUCUCGUGAAGAUGCCAAUGGAGUUAACUUCAAGGGCAAUUAAGAAACCGCUCAGGCACUGGAUACUGCCACGGCUAUUGGCCCUGACAACAUUUCGGCAAUAGUACUGCACAUGGUGCUCCAGAACUUGCCACUUCCUAAACCAAGCUGUCCCAGUGCAGUUUCAACACUGGCACCAACCUGACAAUGUGGAAAAAUGCUCACAAAAAGCAUGACAAAACCCAGCCAAAUACAACCCAGCCAAAUACCUCUCUACUAGUGCUCUUGAUCAUAAGUAAAGUGAUGGAAAGUGUAAUCAACAGAGCUUUCAAACAGCACCUGCUCAGAAAUAACCGAAGAUUAUAAUAUAAAUCGGACGAACUCAUUUGGGAUCAAAACAGUGUAAGGCAAUUCCAGCUUCUGAGUAUUCCAACUGCUCGGAGUGGCACUCUAAUUCAGUACCAGAGUGAAGGUCUUGUCCCGGAAAAUGACAUUGAGAUCUCAUUCCAGCAUGGAAAUCUUGUAACCCAUCCUGGAGCAGCGGUCUUCCAUUGUGGCAGCCUUGCUCUGAGGGGCAGUCUGAGCUUGGCAUGGCAGUCUCCAGGUUUGGAAGUCUUGUUCUUCCGUGGAGAUCUCGUGGCUUCUUCUUCAGCAGCAGCUUCUGGGUAUUCCAGUGUCUGUCAUCUUGAUCAACUUUCUCCUAAACUGAGAUUGAGCUGAUAAUGAACUCUGCCUUAAUUUUUACUAUUGUUCAAAGUUUGGGAGAAGAUUUGUAGCUCGGGUGCUCGUUGUUGCUGGGAAUUUGUGUUGCAGACAUUUCGUCCCCUGUCUAGGUGACAUCCUCAGUGCUUGGGAGCCUCCUGUGAAGCGCUUCUGUGCUCUUUCCUCCGGCAUUUGGAGUGGUUUGAAUCUGCCACUUCCGGUUGUCAGUUCCAGCUGUCCGUUGCAGUGGUCGGUAUAUUGGGUCCAGGUCGAUGUGCUUAUUGAUUGAAUCUGUGAAUGAGUGCCAUGCCUCUAGGAAUUCCCUGGCUGUUCUCUGUUUGGCUUGUCCUAUAAUACUAGUGUUGCCCCAGUCGAAUUCAUGUUGUUUGUCAUCUGCGUGUGUGGCUACUAAGGACAGCUGGUCGUGUCAUUUCGUGGCUAGUUGGUGUUCAUGGAUGCGGAUUGUUAGCUGUCUUCCUGUUUGUCCUAUGUAGUGUUUUGUGCAGUCCUUGCAUGGGAUUUUGUACUCUACAUUGGUUUUGCUCAUGCUGGGUAUUGUCCUGGUGAGUUGUUGUCUGAGAGUGGCUGUUGGUUUGUGUGUUGUUAUGAGUCCGAGUGGUCGCAGUAGUCUGGCUGUCAGACUAUUGUCUUAUCUGUGGCUUAUGUCAUUCAUACAGAUGCUGUGGUAUGGUAACUUAAAAAACAUUUCAUUGUCAUUUUUUUAUAAAAAUGCAUGUAACAAUAAAUUACUAUUCAAUUCCAUAUAUAAUAUUGUUUAGAGGACUUCAGUUUAACGGAUUGUGAAAAUGGAUUUAUUUCAAAAUUUUUUUGGCAACACCUCAAAUAAUUCUUUUAAGAAAGUCACUGAAAGUUCAUUGUAAACAGCGGAGUUUUCUUUAGACAAGCUUUUCAGUAAAUCACAUGACUGAUGAUAACUGCUUGCUUGAAUUUAGACCUGGGUGGGAGCUGCUUUUGAACAAUGACUGUAUAUGUUCACCAAUUAUAACAUCUUCAUUGAAGAGCUUCUGUUUUACUAAUAAAUCAUU